CGGACUACUUCCGGGAUUCCGAUGUCGGCCUAGCAGCAAGCUAAGGAGUUUGCUGCUAGCGGCUAACUCAAGGAGGACCGAAAGUAUCCACACCCUUCUGACAAGACGGCUCGCACGUUCAAUAUUAGGGCCAUCCAGCACCUUACCCACGGACUCGGUGGGUGAAAGAAGACAAGGAGCCAAAGAACAAGGACUAAAAUGUAUCAGACUACAUAGCACCUAUGCUGUACAUGGAUUUCUUUACAAGAUGCAAAAUGGGAAGGGAGGUCUAUCUGCAGAGAAUUUGGAGAUGGGAGAGGUCGCUACAUCCAGACUCAGCCAAGUGCAGUGACACUUCUGUGACAAACACAGGGCUUCUCUAUGGAAUGAGCUGAUUUUGUCCCUGCGUCGUCACAAGGACUGAAGACGGGAUUCAAGAGAAAAGAUCCAGGGGACCUAUUUGAACUAUUUUACUUGCAAAGGCAAGGCUGAGCAUCUUUUCUUUCUUUCUUUUUUUUUUUUUUUUUUAAAGAAACUUUUUAAAAAUAAAUUCCACCUGGACUUUGUUCACGCAUGUCUCCUAAAAACAGACCCACAGCUUUCUACCAACAGUUUUAAAAGUGAAUUUGUUUGUUUAGUUGCCCCCCCCCCCCACUGGCUUCGUUUUGAAAUGCUGGAACUGUCCCUCCUGCCGCCAUCCUCAGUUUCUUCCACCCACCCAGUGCCUAAAUAAGCUCUCUUGGGACUAUCACAGAAGUCAUCAGCAGCUGCUGCACUCAAUCCUCUGCCUGUUCUCCUCCAUGUGCUUCUGCUUUCAGCCUGCUGGCUUUCCACCCACUACCUCUUUAAUUUUCUGCUCUUUUCUUUUUAUAUUAAUUUUCCCUGGGAAGGACAAUCAGAACUCGAGCACAGUGAUACACUUUAGUAUAAACACAGAGUUUUCCGAGUGUAGAGUAACCUAGAUUGCUUCGGUGUCGUGCAUGCGUGCGUGCGAGUGUCUGUGGUAUUGUGUAUAUGCGCAGGAGUGGUAGAAAAGUACUGGUGCCAGGGAGCAGCCUGAGAUUAGAUCUAUUUAUGUAUAUUUGUUGCACCAAAUACACUUACAUUUAAGCCAUACAAAAAUAUUUAUGAAUUAACUACACAUAUUUUUGUAUCAUAUUGCUCUUGCACAGUUUUUGCUUUUGUAAGAUUAUGCACACAAACUAAACAAGCCGUGCACAUGUAAGUAGAGCUAUAUAUUACGAUAUAAAAACAUCCUCUGUUUGUUUGUUUUUUAGUGAUUUAAUUAGUGCCCGGAGAUAUUCGCUGUCGGGAUACAGGGCGUCCCUCAUGUUUCCAUUCAGCUGCUGCUUUGCAUAGUGUUGGUUUUCUUUUCCAGUCCGUAGUCAUGGCACCUCCUCCUAAACACCUUUUUCACCAUUUUGACCUGUGAGAGUCCGCUGAACUGUAGGUAGACAGUAGAUUUCUACCUCUCUCUCUGUCUUCCUCCCCUCUUUCUCCGUCUCUGAUGCCGGGCUUCAGUGGUGGGGGGGUUGGGGGGGGAGUAGGUGGCCCUGCUUCUGCUCCUCCCCGUCCGUUUCGACCCAGCCGAUAUGUCCCGGUGUCUGCAGCCACUACUUUCCUUGUGGGAUCCACGACUCUGUUCUUCUGCUUCACGUGUCCGUGGUUAUCGGAGUAUUUCUCCUGUGUCAUUCCCAUCUACAAUGCCGUGAUCUUCCUCUUCACCCUCGCCAACUUCUGCAUGGCCACUUUCAUGGACCCCGGAGUCUUCCCCAGAGCUGAGGAGGACGAGGAUAAAGAGGAUGAUUUCCGCGCUCCACUCUAUAAGACAGUGGAGAUCAAAGGCAUCCAGGUGCGCAUGAAGUGGUGCUCGACCUGCCGCUUCUACCGCCCUCCGCGCUGCUCGCACUGCUCAGUCUGCGACAACUGUGUGGAGGAUUUCGACCACCAUUGUCCGUGGGUGAACAACUGCAUUGGUCGUAGGAACUAUCGAUAUUUCUUCCUCUUCUUACUCUCCCUAACCACCCACAUCAUAGACGUGUUCGGCUUCGGCUUGGUCUAUGUGCUGCACCACCGGCAGCAGCUGGACACGCCACACGCCGCCGUUACUAUGGCUGUGAUGUGCGUGGCUGGUCUGUUCUUUGUCCCAGUAGCCGGACUGACUGGGUUCCACAUAGUGCUAGUGGCCCGUGGUAGGACCACAAAUGAACAGGUGACAGGGAAGUUUCGGGGAGGCGUUAACCCUUUCACCAACGGCUGCCUGAGGAAUAUUUCACACGUGCUCUGCAGCUCCCAGGCCCCGAGGUACAUGGGCCGGUGGCGGAGCCGUCAGGCGGUGGAAGUGCAGCCGCCGUUUCUUAGACCAGCUCUGACUGAGGCCCAGCUAGAAGCCAAGAUCCUGGACAACGGCAUCCAGAAUGACCGGCACAGCACCAGAUCCAAGAGCAGUCUAGACCAGAUGGAGAGCCAGUCAGCUGAUGCAGAGCCUCCACCGCCUCCAAAGCCAGAGCUUCGUUACCCUGGCCUGCCCCGUGCUGACACGGAGGAGAGCAGCUUGUUGACCGAGGCUCCGCCCACACCUUCAAUGUACAAGUACAGACCAGCAUACAACAGUCCAGGAAGGAACCACACUGCCCUCACGCAUCCCAACAAGAUGAUGCGUGGGGAGAGUCUUGACUCUCCGUCUUCCUCCAUCCUCCAGUCUAGCCGUCAGCCUAGCUAUCGCUCGGAGCCGAGCAGCCUGGAUGGGGCCACAGUGGUGGGGGGAGGUGUAGGGGUGCGCAGAGGGGGAGGGGAGAGGGGUGAGGGCCCCGGGGGCCCUGGCGGGACUGCUGGGGGGAUGUCAGGGGGCAUGUCGGGUUACUCCCUGACUGGGCGCUCCUACACCUCCUACCCGUCCUCUCUGGUCCUGUCCACUGGCGGCUCACGCUCCUCCAGCCUUCGCUCAGCACACACUGCACACAACCCGCUGGCCACGCUCCAGUCGGAGGGCACCACAGACACCAGCUACAAAAGCCUGGCCAAUCAGACGCCUCGGAACGGCAGCCUGUCCUACGACAGCCUGCUGACGCCGUCCGAGAGCCCCGAGUUUGAGUCGGCCGCCCACGAGCUGUCGCCGCAGAAGCCCCGCGCUCCGUUUCCGUCGGCGAUCAUGACGGGCCGCCCCGAGAUGGUGUCACCCAGCACCCCGCUGCAGGGCUACACGUCGCCCUUCCUCUCGGCUCAGAUCGCCCAGCAGAGGGAGGGGCAGCUGCUCCAGGGCUCUGCCACUUUCUCCUCCCCCCAUAGGGCCUACCUGCGUGCCGUCAGCCCGCCCCCCCACUCCUCCGCUAAGCUUCCCGAGCACUUGCUCCAGCAUAAUCAGGACUUCUCUUCCCGACCUCCUCGCAACCUUUCCUCCUCGUCCUCUUCCCCUGGGGCGCGCUCGCUAGAGCCCCCUGUCUCCCCGCCGCCCCGCGGCCUGUCUCUGGGCAAGUCCCCGUCUUACGCUGGGGAGGCGGGGCCUCAGCACAAGCCUCGGCCCGCAGGAGGAGGCGCUGUGCUGGGAGGGGGAGGAGUCGGAGGAGGGCACCAGGCUCCACAAUCCACCUCUCGCCCAGUCUUGGCCAAUCACACCACAUCCAAACCUGGGGGUGGAGUGAAGAAGGUGACCGGUGUCGGAGGGACCACCUAUGAGAUUUCGGUUUGAGCGACAAACAUCCCACACGGUCUGUCACAAGGACGGGACGAAGUCACUGGACACCUUCCACUGUUCUCUUACCUGAGCUGGAUAUUAUUCACGACUGCAGGCUCCUGAAAAAAAUGACUGUUUUCUGCUGCAAUGGACUCAAGGAGCCGACCUGUCUGGUACCCACUUUGUUAUCUUUGUAACGCCACUGGCCGUUCUUCUCUGCCAGCCUUUCAGACAUGAACAAAGAGUGAGUGAGGGACGCUGGUUCAGUUUAAACAAGGAUCAACUGUCUCCAUUUAUCCACUUUGUGAGCCAUAGACUGAUGUGACUGUAUCAUCACGGUUGGGUACUGAUGUGUCUAUAAGCAUAGCUAUUCAAUGAUUUGCUAUUUUACUUUUGGUACAUUAGCACAUAGAGUAUUGACAACGGUGUUGAGGAACGGAUGGACUUGAUCCAGUGGAUGAGUGAGGAUUUAGGACUGCUGACCAAUAGAAACGUUUGAACGGACCACACAGCCUGUAUGUUGACGAAGAAUCAUGGAGGGAAGAGUCCGACCUAUAAACACAGUAUCCUUUUAGUUUUAUAAAUCUUUUUUUAAAUAUUGUUUUAUAUAAAUGUAUAAAAAUCUUACAGAUUAUUAUUGGGUCAAAUUGUCAGGUAUAGAAGAUUAUUGAUGAGGGUGGCAGAUGUACUGUAUGUAAUUAUUCAUGAAAGCGAUUUCAAAUCAGUUGCCUGUUUUGAAUUGAUGGCUGCAUCAGCCACUCAACGAGCUCUUACUGGAAAACAGUUCAUCAUCCAGAGAGAAUGAUGAUCUUUUGGACAACUUUAAGUCGCAAAUUUAUCGAGCUUAAUUUCUGAAAAGCCACAAAGAAAUUUUUGAUCCUCACAAUCGCAGCACAAGCAUCUUUGUGGAAUGUACGCUUGUAAUGUUAAUGCUAGAGACAUUAUGCAAAAUCUGUUCGUAGCUUUAAGAUCAUAGUGCGUCUUUUGGUGUUUAUUUUUUUUUUUCUUCCUUCUUUUCUGUAAUGUUUUGUCUUGUCAGUCAGUCAGUCAAGAUGCUAGCAACCUUAUACCUUUAACGGAUGGCCAGCCAAAAUAGGGGCAGCGAGGGAAGGGCUUAUUUAUUUCACCAGACAAAACAACCUUGUAGCUCUGGAAACGAUUUCAAACCAGUCUCUGUUCCUAUUAUGUAAGUUUUUUUUUUUUUUUUUUUUUAAAAAGAAGAGGAAGUAUGAAUAUUUUUUAUUGAAAAAAAAAGUAUAAAUGAAAGUGUAAAUGCCACUAAAUAGAUUAAUGAGGGACUGAUUUGCAAUGGUAGACUCUUGAUUGGUUUUUGCCUUGAGACUAUUCUUAGUGAAGCAAGCGUGUUUUUAUUUUUUACACUUUUCUGAAAAAAAAUUGUAAGGCAGAUUUGAUUUUUUUUUGAUUGUUUGCUCAUUUAUUGUUAAAUUUCUGUAAAGGUACAAUUUGUUUUUGUUUUUUUUUGGUUUGUUUUUUUACCCACCGUCUUGUUGAGAAACGACUAAUUAGAAGAAGGGAGGUGUUUUGUCUUUCAAAAUUGGGCAUUACAAUAAAGGGUUUAUUUAUUUCUUCUUCUGUCGAGGCCCACAGCAGUGUUUGCAGCAGAAUGUGAAAGCUGUCUGAGUGUGGCACAUUUUCUUUGGCGCUUGAAGCACACGAGUAUCAUUCGUCAGACCCAAACAACUGCGUUGGGAUUUGUCAACCUUACCAGGCUUUGUCUUCGGUGUGCAUGUGAUUUACGUUAGUUGUGCUGAAUGCUUCACUGGCGUGCAUUCUUGUGAGAUUAUUGUCAAACACCCGCCCAGUCUGCGUGUGGGUGGCAUCAAGAGAAGAAGCAUCAUUAAUGGCACAAGCGGCCGUCGUGCAGAGAUAAAGAGUUCUUGUGUUAUUUCUCUUCCAGCUCUGGCCAACGAUGGUGGCCACUGAUCAAUCUGAAACUAUGUGAGUAUAGCAAGUAUACAUCUGCGUGAGAUAAAAUAUCGCUAUUGUGGGCUGUGUUGAAUGGAACGAGUUUCACGAAUAUCUGUAACAUGAAAAACAUUUCCAAAAUGGCCUUAUAAAGAAUUUUUAAAAAGAUGUCUUCUCAGAAUAAAAGGUCAAACUGUU